AAAAAAAAAAAAAAAAAAAGAAUGAAAAGCUAAUUCUCCAUACACACAGGAGAACCGCGAGCACUUGAUCCAAAUACAAGUCGUCAGCAGAAACAGAGCAGUGGGAAUCAGCCAUGGGAGCUCUUCGACUACUCUUGAUUCUGUCGAUCAUCUCUUACUCUUCUGCCUCCCCCGCCGUCGCCGCCGCUGACGGCGGCGAUAAGGUGAGCUUCGAGAUCUAUUACGAGACUCUGUGCCCGUACUGCUCCAACCUCAUCGUCAACUAUCUAGGCAAGCUCUUCGAUUCCGAUCUCCUUUCAAUCACCGAUUUCAAACUCGUCCCUUACGGCAACGCUAAAAUCAAACCUAACGGCACCAUCACUUGCCAGCACGGCGAAUGGGAGUGCAUACUGAACACUGUGGAGGCAUGUGCAAUUGAUGCCUGGCCCGAUUUGAAUACUUAUUUCCCUUUUGUAUACUGUGUGGAAAGUCUUGUGUACGAGCACAAUUAUACCUAUUGGGAAACAUGUUUCGAUAAAUUGGGUUUGGAUCCCUCUCCUGUGGCUGCUUGUUAUAACAGUGAACGUGGAAAAGAGCUUAUACUAGGAUACGCCGCUGACACGCAAGCACUCGAACCACCUCAUAAAUACGUACCGUGGGUAGUUGUAGACGGUGAACCACUUUAUGAUGAUUAUCGAAACUUCGUAAGCUAUAUCUGCAAGGCAUAUAAAGGAACUGCGAAGCCAUCUGCAUGCAGUAGUGAAUCAUCCGUUGGACAGAUUCGAAAGGUGAAAAUGAACUUGAUCAAUUCUCUCUUCGGAGAAGAAACAUCCAACUACUCGAAGCUGUUUCAAACAGUACAACAAGCUGUACUUUCAUGGCUGCCGGGAAACAAAGUAGCAGCUUCGUCUUAGUUCCUACAUUGCUCUUUCGCAAUCAAAGAGGUGGUCUCUUGUCCUUGUUUAAAGAUAUAUUUAUACACUCAAGUCAUGUGGUACACAAUUUGUAUGUAUUUUGUAACUUUGGUUAGGCUAAUUAUGCUCUAAAAUAAACUGCCAAGACAAGAGUGUGAUUAAGGUUUGUAUGUCUUGUAAUAUGCUUGUAUGCAAGCAAGGUGUAUACUUAUCAGCAAGUUCAUUGUCGCUCAAGAAUUUGAUACUAAAUUUUAUUUGA